AUGCGGGUGUUGCGAAGCUUGCUUUCGCAGCAAAUCGGGUCUCGGAAUUGGAUGAGUGCUAGAGAAGGUUCGUGUGAUAGAACAAUUGGUAGGUAUUCUGGAUCCGAUUCCAAGGCUUCAGCAAUUAUGUCUGCUCAAUUUUAUGGAAAGAUGCAUGAGAAUAGUCGAGAACAAGGACAAGGGGAUGAGCAACAGUUAGAUGGAACCCGAGAUAUAUCCAUGUCAUGUUGGCAAGUGUUGCUUUUGGUGCAGAACAUCCUGUGCAUCAACUCUCAAGUCUGCUGUAUUGCAAUGAAAAAGGAGGAGCAAUCUAGUGAUGUAUCAAACAAGGCUGCUGUCUUUCAAGGAAAAGAAUGAAGAAAAACAAACAUCACCGCAUUAUGCUCAAAUUCAUUACGCUCACAAACAAACAUAGCCGUAGAUGUCAUGGUUGAAUACAUGUGAUGUGAAAACCAUAUCAAAAUGUUAGAAUAAACUUAAUGGUCCACAACAAAAAAAGGGUGAACAAAAGAGAGUUGAUAU